AUGUCCCGCUUCUUCCGCCCGCUCCGGCAAACACUCCCCUUCCGCCGCCCAAUCCUCACCACCUCCCUCCUCCUCCCAACCUACUUCACCUACUCUCUCCUGACCUCCUCCCCGCCCUCCGAUGCCUCAAUCGACGCCGAAGCGCUCUACUUCUCACCCUCCAACCCCCUCCGCAUGGAGUCGCAAGUCGAAGGCACGCUCGAUAGGCCCAGCACGAUGUGGACUCCUCCCUCGCGCGAAGAGAUGUUGAGGAAACUCGGAGCACCUGCGCCUGCUUCAGACGCCGAACACGAUGGGAAAGGCGGGAAGAGCGGGGUCGAUUCUGAGGGAGCGAAAGCGGACAAGUCGUCGUCCCUCCAGCGCGCGGGAUCACAAGACCCCAGCUCUACCACAUCUUCCCGCGAACCACCCACCUCGCAACGCGGGCUCAAAGGCGCGCCCGCCGGCUCAGGCGACUCGGAAAAGGAUGACGGGGAAUUCGACCUCCUCAUUGUUGGAGGAGGCGCGACGGGUGCGGGUGUCGCGCUGGAUGCGGCGGCGAGGGGUUUGAAGGUUGGGAUGGUCGAGAGGGACGAUUUCUCUUCUGGCACCUCCUCAAAAUCGACCAAACUCGUCCACGGCGGCGUGCGGUACCUCCAAAAAGCCGUCUUCGAGCUCGACUACGAGCAAUACAAGCUCGUCAAAGAGGCCUUGCACGAACGCAAGACGUUCCUCCACACCGCGCCGUACUUGAGUCACCAUUUGCCGAUCAUGUUGCCCGUUUAUACGUGGUGGCAGAUUCCUUAUUUCUUUGCCGGAACAAAGUUAUACGACAUCCUCGCCGGCUCAGCCAACAUGGAGUCUUCGUACGUCCUCGGCAAGGGCAAGGCGCUCGAGGCGUUCCCGAUGCUCAAGAAGGAUGGGUUGACGGGCGCGGUCGUGUACUACGAUGGCCAGCACAACGAUUCGCGAAUGAACAUCGCACUCGUGAUGACCGCCGUUCAGUACGGAGCUGUCGCCGCGAACCACACCGAGGUGACGAGCUUGAUCAAGGACGCCGAGGGGCGCGUGAAAGGAGCCAAGAUGAGGGAUGUGCUGACGGGCAGGGAGUGGGAGACGAGGGCUAAGGGCGUCAUCAACGCUACCGGACCCUUCUCGGACGCCGUUCGCCAGAUGGACGACGGCCAAGCGCCCAACCUCGUCGCACCCGCCUCGGGCGUCCACAUCACUCUCCCGAACUACUACGCACCCGCCAAGAUCGGUCUGAUCGACCCCGCCACGUCGGACGGACGAGUCAUCUUCUUCCUCCCGUGGCAGGGAAACACGAUCGCCGGUACGACCGACUCGCCUGCGAAAGUCGAGCAACACCCGAUCCCGAAGGAGGAGGAGAUCGAGUGGAUCUUGAACGAGGUCAGGAAUUACCUCAGCCCUGAUAUUCGGGUGAGGAGGGGAGAUGUUCUGAGCGCGUGGAGCGGGUUGAGGCCCCUCGUCAAGGACCCGAAUGCGAAGGACACUCAGUCCCUCGUCAGGAACCACCUCAUCCACGUCUCGGAGAGCGGGUUGCUCACUAUCGCCGGAGGAAAGUGGACGACCUACCGAGCCAUGGCCGAAGAGACGGUCGACCGCGCCGUCAAGGAGUACAACCUCAAGCCCAAGCGCGGGUGCAUCACCAAGGACGUCCAACUCGUCGGAAGCCAGGGCUGGUCGCCCCUCAUGUUUAUCAAGCUCAUCCAGCAGUUUGGUCUCGAGGUUGACGUCGCUCGUCACCUUUCCGAGACCUAUGGCGACCGCUCGUGGGGCGUUUGUGCGAUGGCUCCCCCGACCGGCCUCCGCUUCCCGACGCACGGCAACCGCCUCGACGCGACCUACCCCUACAUCGACGCCGAAGUCACCUGGGCCUGCCGCCGCGAGUACGCCGCGACAGCCGUGGACGUCAUCGCGCGCCGGACGCGUCUCUCGUUCCUCAACGCCGAAGCCGCACUCGAGUCGCUCCCUCAAGUCAUCGACAUCAUGUCCAAGGAGCUCGGCUGGACCGAGGACCGCCGCAACCAAGAGUUUAGCGACGCGACCCAGUUCCUUCGGUCGAUGGGUCUGUCGGAGAAGCGUCUCGCGACGCUUACGCUCGAUGAUGUUCGCCACGGACGACACCGCGAGAGGCUCGCGAUUGAGGACGACUUGCUCGCUCGCACGGUGUUUACGCCCGAGGAGCUCGAGACGCUCAAGAGGCGCUUUGCCAAGAUGGACGCCAACAACGACGGCAAGAUCGACCCCGCCGACCUCUCGCGCACCAUGUCGAAGCUCGGCUUCGACCAGAUCGACGAGCGCAUCGUCCGCAGCAUCCUCAACGAGGUCGAUGUCGACCAGGACGGGCAGAUCUCGUUGGAGGAGUAUCUCGACGUGGCAGCUGGAUCAAAGGAGGUCCACCUUCACAACGCCUUCACCGACAUCGCCUUCCCCCGCAACCACGGCGUCACCGACGACGCGCUCGACGCCGCUGGCGACGAGGGAAAGAACCGCAGCGGAGGAAACGAGCCGCCGAAGAAGGAGGGCGAGAAGAUCGACUACUCGAACAAGACGCCGCCCGAGCGCACCGGCGGCUCGUGGUGA